ACAAAAACAAAACGUAAUCAUGAUCUGUUAUUCUGCAUUAUUCGUCGUUACGUUACUCCUGAAUAAUGCAAGUCGGCGCACUCUCGCUAUAGUUCCAAAACCAACAGUUUACAACCAAGCUUCAACAGCCUGCAACCUGGUUCAAACACUCACCUACGAACACAACUACCCAACAUGCUUUAUACUCACAGACGCACUGACAAGAUUUCGACUCCGUCUAGCAUCACAGCACCCACCAAUUCCUCAGGAAAGCAAAGAGAAAUGUAUCAUAAACAAACUGAAAAUUGAAAUCAUGGAUGGAUGUGACGAAAAUGCAGAUAAACUGUGGCCGAGUCAUAUAAUGAACGAAUCAUAUAACGUGAAUAUUGAAGAUACAGAAAUCUCGAUAAGUUCCAAAGAGGUUUGGGGUGCACUACGUGCUCUUGAAACUGUACUUCAGAUGGUGUACAAAGAUGAAUUUGAAGGAAAUAUGAUAUUUAAGGGUUCUGUGGAAGAUGAACCAUUAUUCUCAUAUCGUGGAAUGCUCUUAGAUACCGGAAGGAAUUUCUUGCCAGUUGAAAUCCUACGGAAGACAAUAGAUAUCAUGGCUAUGGUUAAAAUGAAUGUCCUUCAUUGGCACAUCACAGAUGACGAAUCGUUUCCUUUUGUCUCAACCACCUAUCCAGAACUGUCAGACAAGGGUGCAUAUCAUCCACAAAAGUGUACAUAUGAUGAAAUCGAUGUGUCUGAUUUAUUGGAAUACGCUCGUCUUCGUGGAGUUCGGAUCAUUCCAGAAUUCGAUACUCCAGGUAAAUAA